CAGCGGUAAAAAUGUUCUGAGAUACAGUUUCAAAUCGAAAUUUAUUCGGUAAUCAACAAUAAACACCCAGCAUAACCAAUAUGAAGUUCAUCCUUGCUGUAGUCAUAUUGGCAUUGGCAGUUUGCAGUGAAGCCGGAUACUUGCCAGCUGCAGUUGUGGAUGUCUCUCACGGUGCGUGGGGAUCACCUUGGGCUGCAGGUCCAUACUGGGGAGCCCCAGCUUGGGGAGGCCCAUCAUUGACAACGAGCCAUUCAUGGGGAGCACCAUACGCACCAUACGCUUAUGGCGGUCCAUAUGCUGCUGCUGCCUAUGGACCAACUACCGCAUACCACGCUGACCCAUUGCCUCAUGGUCAUGACGGAAAAUAUGUCGCAGCCAACCGAGGAAGUGUUCAUGUUGCGCCAUUAGUCGGGCAUGUCCAAUCCGUAUCGUCGACCAAUCUUUCACCAGCACCAGGUACCACAUGGUAAGGUGUUUAUUAAGUAAAAGCGCGCCAUAAAUAUCCAAUCUAGCUGACACUUCACACCGCAUUUCUACUUAAAAACGGAUAAUCUAUCGUCUCUCUCUCGACGCGUUCUUCGCCCUAAUCAAAAUGUAUAUUUCUUCCUAUUUAUUUCGCUCUAUCCAACAAAGGUACCGUAAUUCUCGAGAUUACAUUUGAUAUCUCAAUUAGUUUUACUUAAGAAAAAAGUGCGAUUAAAAAAAUGUAAAAAAAAUAUCUAGGAAAAUAAAUGCGAUUGUUAUAUCCAAGAAACUACCAUUUUUUGUAACAUCAGAAAAGAUGAAAAUAAACUAUUAUAUCAUAUGAACUUGAA